UCAACCAAAAAUCAAAACCACUCUCGCCCUCAUCUCUCUCUCUCUCUCUCUCUUACUCAGUCUCCCUCUCACACUCACACACACAGCGAUACAUUCCGGUGACUUCUCUCCGGCGAUUUACAGGGGCGAGUCAGUGAAAGAUGGGAAGAGAAUGAGAAGGCGCGAUUGGCGAUCAUGUCGGACUCGUACUCGGACCGCUUCUCGGACUUACUCUGCGGCGAAGGCUCCGAAAUCCUGUCGGGAGAGUCGCUGGAGUGCUCGUCGGACAUCGAUUCCGGACCGUGUGUCGAUGAAUCGAUUGCCGAGUUCAUCGAAGACGAGAGGCACUUUGUGCCUGGCGUCGAUUACCUCGCUCGGUUUCGCUCUCAGUCCCUCGACGCCUCCGCCAGAGAAGAAUCUGUUGCAUGGAUUCUCAAGGUUCAAGCUUAUCAUCGUUUUCAGCCAUUGACGGCGUAUCUCUCCGUCAACUAUUUGGAUCGGUUCCUGUAUUCUCGCCGUUUACCGCAAACGAAUGGGUGGCCAAUGCAACUAUUAUCUGUUGCUUGUUUAUCGUUAGCUGCUAAGAUGGAGGAACCUCUGGUUCCUUCUCUAUUGGGUCUUCAGGUGGAAGGGGCCAAAUAUAUCUUUGAACCCAGAACGAUUCGUAGGAUGGAGCUCCUUGUGCUUAGUGUUCUGGAUUGGAGGCUACGAUCGAUUACGCCGUUCAGCUUCAUCGCUUACUUUGCAUGCAAGAUUGAUUCGGCGGGAACCUAUGCUGGGUUUUUAGUUUCACGGGCGACAGAAAUUAUUCUGUCUAAUAUGAAAGAGGCUAGCUUUCUCGAAUAUUGGCCAUCAUGCAUUGCUGCUGCAGCCAUACUUUGUGCGGCUAGUGAAAUUCCAAAUUUGUCUCUUGCCAAUCCGGAACACGCGGAAUCAUGGUGUGAUGGACUACACAAAGAGAAAAUCAUCGGGUGCUACCGUUUGAUGCAAGAAUUUGUGAUUGACAAUAGCCGGAGGAAGCCCCCAAAAACGUUGCCACAGCUUCGAGUUACAAUUCGAGCCAGAGUGAGGUCUAGUGACUCAUCGUCAUCGUCAUCGUCAUCGUCGUCGCCCAAUAAAAGGAGGAAAUUAAACAACUGCCCAUGGGUAGUUGAUGAUGACAAAGGAAACUCCGGGUAAAGGGAAAAAGAAAAGGAAAGUGGUGGUCCAAGUUGUCUAGAAACCGGAUUAGUUUUUGGAGGGGGUUUAGAGAUGAAAUUGACUUGAGUGAUUGGUGUAGAUUAUAGUAUAUAUAAUGUAUGUAUCAGAGUUUGGUGAUGAUCAUGAGUUUGGAGAUAUAUUAAUUAUUUUUCUUGGUGGGCAUGGCUAUUCAUUAAUGGCUUUGCAGGUUCCCGAGGGAGAGGGGAUCUGUUGAAGAGAAGGGAAGGGAAAGAGAGUUUGUUUAAUAGUGGGAGUGAUGGAGUGUGAAACAAGUGCGGGGGGUUGAAUUCAAAGGCAGCAUUGAUUAUUGAAUGAAUGGGGGGAGAUGGUGGGGGCCAUUUUCAUAGGGUUGGGAGGAAAUCAAAAGGAUUGGCAAAAAUGAAGGGAUUGAAGUUUGAAGUUUGAAGUUUGGGCUGUUUAUGGGAUAUAUAAAAGUCAAGCUUCUGAGCUACCCUCCAUCAUUGCUUCUUACUGCUCACUCUUUUGAUGAUAGGGAAGGGAAUAAGAUGGGGUUCGUUUUUUUUUUCUCUCAUAGACUUUUUUGAGUGGUGUACGUGUGCACACGCUUUGGUUGUGUGACACACGGACGUGUGUAUGUGUGCUUUUUUGGCGGGAACUGCCUUUUUUUUUUUCUUAACCUUACUGAACGCUCCUUGAGAGUGAUGUUCACACGUGUGUUGGCGGCUAUGCGUGUGUAUACGUUUUGUUUAUGUGAAUUUUUUAAUUUGUUUUUGGAGAGGCCAAACCAAACCUCUUUUCAUGGCCUACGUUUGGCCUAACAAAUAUACAAAGGUCUUUGGGGCCUUUCAUGCUUGCUGUAUUUGAUUCAUCAAUAUAAUAAUCUUAUAGAUUUCUUUCA